GUUUCGUCACAUCAUCUCUAACCACGGAAGAAAAUUCUAAAAAGGAAAAUUCAAGCAAGGAAAAAAAAUAAAUACGAUGAGGAUACUGAUGUUGGAUGUCAGAUUGCCGUAGGAAAGGUGUCACACUUCACAUUAUUAUGAUUGAUGUACCAUUUAGACAAACUAUAAACAGAGUGGAAAACUAUCACAUUUAAAAGAUAUUUUAGUUUACCAACGCAUUAGGACUCAACUACAUGUGUUAUAUGUUUAUGUGACUAAAAUCUAUGCCACUUUUUAGCUCGACUUAGUUAGCAAAGCUACGGGUGGUCCUCGCUCCUUUUUUGUUGUUUGUUUGUUGUUUUUGUUGUUGUUUCUUCCAUGUACGGGCAAUAUUCCAUGGAAGCUUGUGGGCAAAUUGGAUCCUCAUUUAUACAGCCUUCUGGAAUCCGGUAGAGAUAACUGGCCAUGCCGCAGGCGUUUCGUUGAAAGUAAAGGUCCCCACUUCUGAACAGUCUCAAAGGGAAAUCCACGGAAAACGGCUGAUCACGAGAAGGCUUGCUCCUGCCACCCUCAGUGACAAACAUGUGCCGCUGUUGAUUAGGCCGUCGUCCACCACAACAAUGUUUUAUUGUGUCUAGCUACUUGAAAAGAAAAAAAAUGACAACAGUGAUGCAUUACGAUAAAAGCAAAUCGCAAGUACUUCGUAAAGUAAGUCAAGUGCCAUCCGUCCUAGCAUUGGCUCAAACUGCACCGGACGCCAACCGUUUCGGUGAAUCCUUUCGCAUUCUCUUAAGAUGGAAGGGAAGCAUUUACAAGUUCAUUUGGAGAGACUUGUUAGUAUACUAUUUUCUUUUUUACCUGCUGUCCAUUCUGCACAGCGUUCUAGACGACGAUGGAAAAAAAACGUUUCAGGCUUUGGCGAAAUACUGCUUAAAAAAUUCCAAUUCUAUUAAUCUAAUGAUCAUGUUGACAUUUUUCACUACAACUGCUAUGCAGCGUCUGUUUUCAAUGCAAACGACGAUCCCAGGAACGGCGAAAGUCAUCACCUGUUUCAUCAUGUCAAUCAAGCCAAAUUUACUGGAAGGUCCAAUCAUCGUUGAACAGUUUGCACGUUGGACAGUUUUGGCGUGGAUUUUGACUUUCCGUGUUGUUUGCAAACCAUUGCGCACAAUGUUUCCCGACAUGAUUUCACUUCAAGUGGCAGGAAUCAUACGCGAAAAAGAAAGGGUAAUCUUAGAGCGAGUUGAGACCGAAGGAAACAAAACACCCCGUGCAUUGGUAGUUAUCGACUGGAUGCUGUUGCUACUCAAAGAAACCGCGAUACACAAUCGCUUUGCCGAAAAAUCUAAUCACCUUAAGGUUAUCGAAAUUCUAAUGACCUUCAAAAAAAGUUGCGGAAACACCAUAAAGUUUGCAACGAAGAACAUUCCUUACGCGUUAAUUCAGGCUGCCAUUAUAGUCGUCUAUGCGUAUGGUUUAGUAACGUUGAUGGCUCGUAAUUUUGAAGAAGCUGGCAGCAGUGGUUUCCUGGAAGGCAUCGUUAACUAUUUUCCUGUUAUUCCCAGCAUGCAGUUUUUCAUUUUUCUCAUCUGGUUAAAUUUUGGCCGCACUGCAGUGAAUCCAUUUGGAACCGACGAGGAAGACAUCAAUGUCAAACUCUUGCUUGAAACUCAUAUUCAGGACUCUUUUCGCUUGGCGAAUCUCUACACACAGGAUUUGGAUCAAAUCUUUGGCAUCAUGCCACAGCAACCAUACAAUGAAGCUUCUUUACUUCAAAAUACUAUUCCUGUUUUGAAAUAGUGUACGAUGUGUGCAAAUAAAACCAAGUUUUUUGUGUAAAUUUGCCUGGCUGGAUUGACAUAGCAGCUUAUCACAGCCAAUGUUAAGCCAUGUUUGGGUGCAUUUUGACCCAUACAAUACAUCAUGAUCAACAUUGA